AUGCCAAAACUUUGUGUACAUUGCAACACCAGAAAUGCUGCUCUCAAACGACCAAAGAAUGGAGCCAUGAUUUGUCGGGAAUGUUUCUUUGAGUUGUUUGAGAAUGAAAUUCAUGAGACGAUUGUUUCAAAUCAUUUAUUUAAACCCGGAGAUAAAGUUGCAAUCGCGGCCAGUGGAGGAAAGGACUCUACCGUAUUGGCUCAUGUGAUGAAGGUCCUGAAUGAUAGAUAUGGAUAUGGAUUGGAUUUGUAUUUAUUGAGUAUUGAUGAGGGUAUCAAAGGAUAUAGAGAUGAUAGCUUGGAAACUGUAAAGCGGAAUAGAGACCAAUAUCAAAUACCAUUAAAAAUUCUCGGAUAUAAAGAAUUAUAUGGCUGGUCCAUGGAUGAAAUUGUUCAACAAAUUGGUCUCAAGAAUAAUUGCACUUUUUGUGGAGUAUUCCGAAGACAAGCACUCGAUCGUGGAUGUGAGCAAUUGGGCGUGGAUAAGAUGGUCACGGGUCACAAUGCUGAUGAUAUUGCAGAGACUGUCUUGAUGAAUAUUUUGAGAGGAGACAUUGGACGAUUGCAACGUUGUGUUGAUAUUAUAACACAUGAUGACGGUGGUUUCAACAUUCCACGUGCCAAGCCAUUCAAAUAUACCUAUCAAAAAGAAAUUGUCCUCUAUGCCUACUUUAAGAAAUUGGAUUAUUUCAGCACAGAGUGUUCCUAUUCUCCAAACGCUUACAGAGGACAUGCAAGAGAACUCAUCAAAGAUUUGGAACAAUUACGACCUCAAACAAUUAUUGAUAUUGUCAAGUCAGCAGAGCAAUUUCGGUUUCACAAGAAUGAAGAAGUUCAUGAUGAGCAUGAUGGCCCAUUAAAGAAGCGAACGCUCACUAAAUGCAUUCGAUGUGGAUACAUUAGUAGUCAAGAAUUGUGUUGA